UUUCGUUUAAUAAAUGUUGUUUUUCCGUUUUGGCAAAGAUUUAAACUAAAGACUGAUCAAAGGUCAUCUAAUUAUAGAACAUAAGAUUAAAAAUGCUCUAAUUUCAUAUCCGGACGUUGUGAGUAGUGUUAAAAAUGAAGUUUUCCGCAAAAAGACUUGGCAAACUGUUGCUGUUUUAUUCAAUUUUCUACACAAUUCUAGGUGUUUUCACCGCUACAAUGUUUGUAAUUUGUCUCAAAACCCUGGGUGAUAACGCCCCGAAAUGGCAACUGGAUCAGUCUUUGAUUGGAAGCAAUCCAGUUCUAAGUCUCAAACCAUCGUUUUCUGACAACAUAAUUGUGUACAAAACUAAUGAUUCAAGAGGGAUUUCUCUUUUAACACAACAAUUGGAUAUUUUUUUGGCUCCGUAUUUUCCCAAUAAAAAACACGAAAAUGUUCAAGAGUGUAAAAAUUCGCCUAAUGAAGGAAAAGUUUGUGAUUUUGUAAUCGAUGAACGUUUUAGUCCCUGUACUCGCCAAAUGAAUUACAGUUACGGAAGUUCUGAUAGAGGACCUUGCAUCUUCCUGAAACUGCAAAAAAUAUUUGGAUGGAAGCCUGAACUCUACAACAGCACUAAUUUACCAAAUGAAAUGCCACAAUAUCUACAACACUUGAUAAAGACUACUAGAAGACCAGACACUCUGAAUAAAAUUUGGUUAACUUGCGAACCACAAGAUCUGGAGGAUGCUGAAAAUAUUGGCCCUAGAAUGUUUUUUCCUGAAAUGGGUUUCCACGGAAAAUAUUUUCCAUUUAGGAACGCUGAAGGAUAUUUGAGCCCUGUGGUGGCGGUUUUUUUUGAACAACCCAAACGAGGUGUGUUGAUCAAAGUGGAGUGUAAAGUGUGGGCAAGAAAUAUUCACCACGAUCUGAAAAAUAACAAAGGAGUUAUCCGUUUUGGAUUAUUAAUAGACUAAAAUUAGAUUUUUGAAACACAAAAAAUGUAAAAAAAUAAUAGUGUAAUAAAAACUAAAAUUCUUGGCAAAAGUGUUUUGCACGCUUUAUUAUUAUCAGAAUUUCAGUUGUUACCGGUUUGGGCUUGCAAUGUCUGAGAUUAAAAAAAAAAACAUGUUCCGAUUGAAAGCACUCUAAUCUGGUUUUGAUCCGAUAUUUCUGAUAAAAAUAUUUGUAAUUUUUUUAAUUUGAUUAAUUUUUUGACAUUCAUAAAGUGGUGUUUGGGGGCAAAAACUAAAUGAAAAGGACUUUUUUAUCUAAUUGUUUGUUUUCACGUCAAAGCAAUUAAUAAUAGAGUGUUGACAAAGUCAAUAAAAAUGGCUUAAAAAUUAAUUUUAAGUAAAUUUUUGAUUAAAGUAGUGCGUAACUUUGAAUUAAGGUUGGCAACACUGAAUAAAAGACAGUAUUGCCAACUUAAUUUCAAAUAACAGGCCACUCUGAUAAAAAUUUAAUAUUUAUUAAAACAUUUUUCUAUUCUUUUGUAAAUAAACAACGAACAUGUCUAGACAUAUAAAGCACAGAUCAUUUUAUUUUUUGUUAUUCCAUAACACAAAUUAAUUAAGAAGUAAUUAGAUAAUUAAGUGUAUGUCAUGAA